AGAGAGUGUAUUAUUUACGUAUAUAUAACUACAUUUGUUAUAUGGGUGGGUGAAGUUGUUAUAACUGUAAGGCCAAGGAGUUGAAGAGGAAAGUAUUCAAUCGGCUGACUGGUAUCUUAUGUUUGGCAAUGAAUGAAAUGGAUGGACCUAUGCGACCACCUAGAGGGACAAAGCCACCUAGAGAGAGUAGUGGUCUUCUGAUGUCAGUCAUACGAGCCCUUUCUGCAAGUCAAAAUAAUGCUGAUAGAGACCGGGAGAAAGCAAAAUUGGAGAAAGAAUUCAAACGUAGUGAUCAAAGACUUGAUGAUUUAGUUGCAGGUAUGUUGAAAAUGCUAGUUAAACAAGAACUGAAUAAUUUAGUUGCAGUGUCGAGAGAACAGAUUCAGAACAUUAAAGACAAGCUGAAAAACUGUAAGAUGUUACUUCACUGUAAAAGAGACGAACUGAAGAAGUUAUGGCUGGAAGCUGUUGAACAGAAACAAGUAUUGUCGUUACUGCAAGAAAUUGAGAGACUUCUCGAAGUCCCCUACACCGUGGAGAGAUACCUUGCCAAGAAACAUUAUCUUCAUGCUACCCAGCUUCUGGUUUCUUCAGUUUCCUUGUUAGAAGGAAGUCUGGAAGGAGUAGAUGCCUUAAAGGAAGUUAAGUCGGAGCUACUAUCGAAAAAGGAGCAAAUGCAUGAAAUUUUAUUGGAAGACCUGCACAAGCAUCUUUAUCAAAGGUCAACAACCGAAGUUCUUCGAAGAUUUAAAAGACAAGGUUCUGAAAGAAGAAGUCACGCUGAUGGUAUUGCAGGUACUCCCAGCAAGAGAACAGGUCCAUUUACUGACUCGGUUUCUCCUGGAACCCUGACUUUAGAGGGGCCUGUGAUGGAAGAUGUCAUGGCUGUUGAUCCGGAGGGGAAUAGUCCACAUUUCAUUGCCAUCUUAGUUGAGUGUUUGUCUCUGUUGAAUAAAGUACCCGAGGCUGUUGAGGAUAUCAAGUCUAGAAGUCAAAAGGAACUAAUGGCCAUUGUCCGACGAACUGCCCAGCACGUACUGGACACUGCUCAGAACUUUACACAAGCUCCUUCCACACUUGUGAGUUCCAUAUCGGGAACUAUUCCCAUUGCUUCUGACGAUCAAGUUUUUACACAACCACAGCUUCUUAUGGAAAUGCUGGAGGUGCUUUUCGAGCAAUUCCGCUGCGUGACCCGGGCUCACAAGAUUGUGCUGGAUCACUUACGAAGAAUUGGUAAUGCAGAAAAUAGUCCUGGAGAAGUCGUCUUGUAUGAAUUGGCAGAUAUCUGGUCAAAAAUCCAGGCUGUGCUGGAAAUAUUAGUUGGAGAAUACUUAGAUAUCCAUAACACAACUUCAACUCCGCAAAACCCUCCUCCAGCCUUUACGGAAGCUACUGCUACUAGUGGCAUGGCGUCUUACUUUGCUAAACGUCGUAACAUCAAACCAAAAAAGUUUGCAUUGUUCCGGUUCGACCGCUCCUCACAUGCUAUUAGCAUGAACACAUAUUUACAAGAACAAAACGAAGCGAUCAAGGAGAAGAAUGAUCCAUGUCGUGCUCUGGACUCUGGACAACAAAUUCUCGUUUGCCAGCCAACAACAAAGAAUAUUACAGUUAUAUUCAAGCCACUGUCUAAAUUCAUUGUUGAAAUAGAAAAUGCUUUGGAGCUGAAGUCUGGAAAUCACUGUCCUUUGCAUUCCUUCCUAUCAGACUGUGUGAAAGUUUUCCUGGGUCAGGUAAACGUGGAGGUUGAAACAAUGAUUGAUACAGCAAUAAAAACUUUGGAUUCAUGGAAAGUAACAUUGGACCCAGCUGUUCUUAAGCAGGUUGGUGUUAACAGACCAUUACUACAGAGCACGGUCAGUUUGAACAGUAGUGUUCAAGAACUACAGAACUUGAUGUUUGCCCUCCCAAUGUAUGCUGAUUACUUCUUAAACCUGAUAUGUAGCAUGCUACAGAACUAUAAAGAAACUUGCCAAGCUGCUUACAGAGGGAUUGUUCAACCAGAAUCUGAAGACAAAAGAAUUAUCAGUGCAACCUGGGCUAAAGAUGAAGACAUUAGCCGAUUCCUGAGGUCUCUACCCAACUGGAUGAACCUUCAACAUCUGAAAGAAAAUAAAGAAGGUCCAGAUGUGGAAGAACUGCCAGAAGAAGUUCGGCUCAGAAACAAGAAGGAGUCAGAAAUCUUGACAGGAAACUUGGCAGGAGACACGCUGAUCCCCCAACAUGAAAUCUUGUCUGAUACCAGCCAGUUACGAAUUUUAGCUCAACUUCAAGAGAGUUUGGUGAGAGGAGCCGAGUUGAUAAAUGAUCUCUAUGAACUACUGCGACUGUUAAUGUGGCUCUAUUUCCAGGAACUUCCUCUACUGUCAGAGAACAGCGUAAUCACGCUGAAGCACUUAGCUAAAGAGUUUGAAGAAUUAUCCAGUACCUGUCUGUUAGUUUUGCACCUUGAAGUCAGAGUUCAUUGUUUUUAUUAUCUUCUACCGGUUGCAAUACAGGGAUCAUUUGCAUUGGGUGUUGACAGCCAAGAACCUGACCCCGAAGUAUUGAAGCUUAACAAAGACUUGUCAAAUAUUGACGAGGCUAUGACUGCUAGUCUUCAAACCAGAAAACUGAAGUAUAUCUUUGAAGGACUUGGCCACCUGGUGUCAGCAGUCUUAAUUAAUAGUGCCUCUACUAUCAAAAGAAUAAAUGAAAAUGGUGUUAAAAGGAUGUGUCGAAAUAUUUUCGCCAUUCAGCAGAACCUGACGACGAUCACAAUGAGUCGCGAAGUCGCCCUGGAUCAUGCUAGGCAGUACUUUGAGCUGUUUUAUCAUACACCGGAGGAAGUAUUGAACACAAUAAUGGAGAGAGGCCCUCAGUUUCAGGAGAUUGAGUAUGUGAACGUUCUUCAACUCAUCCACCGUAGCCAACCAGGGAGCGAUCCCACCAUUUUGGACUCGCAACUCUCGAGAUUACAGGAAAUUCUCAAUGAGGUUGCUGUAGCUGUAUAGAUUUGACCACUACAUCCAGUGAGCUUUGAACACAUUUAUCAUAGAUAUCGAAGGGGAACCCACAACUGGAACUCCUUCUCUGGAGUCGGUUUUGUGCAAGCUAUGUCACAUCGAGUAGAAAUGUACUGGUUCACCCUCAGAAAAAAAAAAGUGUAUUUAAGACUAAUAAAAAAAGUUUACCUAAAA